UAGGCAGGACGGGAAGCCAACGUAGCUACUUCUGACAAAGGAUUUCCAGGCACGCUCACAGGAGAAAGGUCCACACACACACACACACACACGCGGAUACAGCUGCGCAGGCUGACUCUUCCCUGCCAGGAGUCGGCUACUUAUGGCGUUGUUCCCCUGCCCGCCACUGGGCUCCGUGGUUACUGGACUGACUGGCUAACCGGUAGGGAUAUGACCGAGAAAAACGGGACGCGCUGAACAUUACGGACAAAAGAGAGGGGAGAGAGCUAUUGUUGCAAUGAAGGAUCUACAACAGCGAGACAAAGUAUAGGCAAGAGCUUUAUUUUAUUGUCCUCUAUUGUGUUUUCUUUGAAGAUGCUUUGACGGACGUAUCCGUGGAAUUUUACUGUACUGAGGGUCUGCAACAUUUUUUUGUUUGCAAAUCGUCUGAACAAAGGAUACGUUCCGGAAUUUUGGAUCUUCACACAAGAAGUGAAACGGGGGUCACACGAAUAGAAAAACACGCCUGAUCUGAUCUGAUAGUAAAGACCGCUGGCAACAUCACGGAGUGAUAAGAAAGACAUCGAAAGUCAUUAGAGGAAAUGGGAAAAGGAGCCACGUCUGACCAGUAAGCAUGCAUCCUCAGCAAAGAGAACGAGAGCAGCCACUGUUCAGUGCCAAGGCGCACGUCUUCCAGAUUGAUCCGGUAACCAAGCGGAACUGGAUCCCUGCCAGCAAGCACGCAGUCACUGUCUCCUUCUUCUACGAUGCCACCCGCAGUGUCUACCGCAUCAUCAGUGUGGGAGGAACCAAGGCCAUCAUCAACAGCACCAUCACUCCCAAUAUGAGCUUCACCAAGACGUCGCAGAAGUUUGGCCAGUGGGCCGACAGCAGGGCCAACACGGUGUACGGCCUGGGGUUCUCUACCGAGCAGCAGCUACAACAGUUUGCAGACCAGUUUAAAGAAAUAAGAGAAGCUGCUCGACUGGCCAGAGAAAAGUCCCAGGAGAAGUUUGAGUUGACGAAUCCAGGCCUCAACAUUGCUGCCCCACAGGUAACUAGACACACACACACACUC